AUGACGAAGUACCGCAUCGACGACACCGUGGAGCGCGAGAAGGCGAGGCUGGUCGUGAAAGGCUUCACACAGGUGUAUGGCGCCGACUACGACGAGACGUACGCACCGGUGAGCAGCUACGUCACGCUGAGGAUCUUCCUCAGCAUCGUCGCCGUCCUCGACCUCAACUUGAUGCAGCUGGACUUGAAGAACGCCUUUCUGCAGAGCAAGCUCGACCGCGUGCUCUACAUGUACCAACCGGACUACUACAACGACGGGUCCGGCCGGGUGUGUAAGCUGCUGAAGAGCCUCUACGGGCUGAAGCAGUCGCCGCUGUUGUGGUACAAGGCGCUCAACGACGUGCUGAUUGGCGCCGGGUGGAGGAAGAGUCAGGUCGAUGAGGCGCUGUACUUCAAGGUCGGCGCCGAGAAGGUGGCAUGCUGGGUGCUGGUCUACGUCGACGACCUGCUCGCCGCCAGCAGCAGCACCGCGAUUCUGAGGGAGCUGAAGAAGCUGCUGGAGGUCGGCGAGGAAGCUGUGGCUGCACCAGCAGGGCUAUGCCGACAAGCUGCAUAG